AUGGGUGCAACGGGCACGUUAGCUGCCGAUGGCAAGUCGGCGAAGGCUCUGGCUCAGCCUACGCCAUUCCUACGUAAGCUGUACCAUAUGGUGGACGAUGCGAAUUCAAACAACUGCAUAGGCUGGAACGAUCAGGGCGAUGGGUUCAAUCUAGUCAAUGCUGAGUCGUUCGCUAAGGACAUACUGCCACACUACUUCAAGCACAAUAACUUUGCAACGUUUGUGCGGCAAUUGAACAUGUAUGACUUCAGCAAGGUCAUGGCUCCGCAGAAGGGCAUUGUGCAGCCGGGAGAGUUUCAUGCAUGGCGCUUUACACAUCCCAGCUUCAGACGCGGGCACCCUGAGUUGCUAGUCAACAUACACAGAAAGACCCACUCCACCACGGCCAAUAAGGUGAAAGUGGAAUCAAGUGUGGAUGUCGAUGAGCUUGCUAAACAGUUUCAACAAAUAAGAACCGAAAAUGAACAGAUGAAGAAAGAAGUGGCACAGCUUAAGCAGGAGACCUCCGAUCUACGGAGUCAGAACCAGGCACUGAUGUCCUCAUCUAUUAUGAGCAUCUCUAAGUCACAUGAGGUACAUUCGUCCAUUGAAAAGAUUCUGAAGUUCUUGGCAAGUGUGUAUUCCCAUGAUUUCAUUCGCCAACAGCUGGAGAGCCAACCCAAUCAGAGCAAUACAAUCAUGCAGAUGUUCCAGACGGCUACGCAACAACACGGCACAUACACACAAGCGCAAGCACACGCACAUAACAACAGCAACGUGACUGCGUAUGACGAGGACACGCCCCUGUUUGGGAUGAGCAAUUCUUUGGUACCCUUUGCCAUUGAGUCGGCGCCCAAUGAUGUGGAGAUGUCCAUUGAAGGCGAUGGCAACGACCGCUUCAUCUCGGCCGACAGCACCCCUGCAGUACAACCACGGUCAACCACUAGCCACAGACUACGCACAAGCACACAGCCAGAAGUGCACAUGCUGUCCAACACCAGCAGCUUAAGCGAUACCAACAGCAUCGAUGGCGAUCGCAUAGGUAUGUCCUCGGGCACGGGAAUGAAACAGGCGAACCAGACACGUAAAAGUGCUGGGCUGAAGGCGAAAGCGAGCCCAAGCACAAAAGGGAAGAAAAUCACUAGGCAGAAAAGCAACACGGCUGCAAAUACAGAUACAAGCUCGCUGACGGCGGACCGUAACAAUCAAUUGGUGCUCGCAUACAGCCACCCCCACUUAGACCUGAUUCGCCAGACACAGCAACAUCUGCAGCAGCAGCAGAUGGAGAUAGACCGACAGAGGAUCCAACUGCAACUGAGCAUGCAGCAAUCAGCCUCGAACCAACAAAAACCGUUCGCGGCAGGGCAGGGCAAGGGCGGCACACACGCCAUGGGUGACCUCUACACGAAGCAGGACUCGGGGCUGAAUAGGCUAUCCAAUGACCUCGACAUCAUAUACGCACAGACAGACACAUUCAAUAGGAACUCCGCCGGUGGUCUGGCGGCUGUCAAUUCAUCGUUGGGCGCGAAUGCACCAGGCAGUGUAGGUAACGAUCCCGUCAUGUACAGUGUGUCCAGUCCCCCUGAGGACAACACUGCGACGGCAGACAGGAACAGCAUUGGGGUUCAACGACUUAACAGUGGCAAUGACGUUAGCGAACGGCGUAGCAGUACCAUGAGCAUGGGCGUCAACGAAGCACCGGAGAGUACCAACAGCCUAGGCAUAGGUGGUAACCAGUCAGUCGCCGCAGGUGGGUUGAAUAAGGACACGAGCACCUUGGAUAGGUCCGGGUCUACGUUAUCGGGUGGCCUGGGUGGGAAUGGCUUGGGCAUGGGCAUGGCGACACCCCAGUGGCAGACUGCCCCCAAUGCGAAUACUGACAACCUUAUGAAUACAAAUGUCAAUACAAACUUCGGUAAGCAACCGCAAGGCGUACAGCUGACUCAACAACAGCAAAUGCAACGGCAAUACCUGAGGAACAUGCAGCAACAACAGCAACUGCAACAGAUGAAGGCGCAACAACAGACUCAGCAACUGCGACAGCCGCAAUCACAGCAAACCCUACAAACCCUACAAGCACAACAGAAGAUACAACAGCAGCAGCAGCUGCAGUUACUGCAGCAGCAACAGCAGCACAAUCAACACCUGCUACAGCAAGCCAGGCAGGGCGACGCCAAGACCCAGGGCAACGAAGCGGCGUACGGGACGUCUAUGCUGCCACAGAAUGAACAGACACAGGCUGCACGACCCACGUCUGCACACUACAGUGGCGUACAACCGGUAGUCACAACACCACCGCAGUUGAAUGAAACAGGGCUGGCUCAGUUGGCUGCCGGUGGAAAGGAUGGCGAGUUUAUAUACUCGCCUCUGCCGCCUUUGAUGGGGGACGGCGACGCCCAGAUGAACCCGCUGUUGAGCCAAAUCGAUGGGAAUGGGGGGCUUGACAUGGGGUCUAAUAUAGAUAGCACGUUCGACAUGGACGAGUACGAGAAUAUGUUUAAUAUGGCGGAUAGUAUAGACCUGUCCAGCAUCCCAGAUUUGACUGGUGCUACCACACAACAGCAACUGGCAACGCUCAACCCCAAUGCGAACCCGAAUAUGAUCAACAACACGAGUACAAACCCGUAUGCUGGUUCUGAUGGACUUCUAAGCUCAAGUCCGUCUACAAUUUACAGUACCAAUGGCAAUACCAAUAACAACAUCAACCCGCACACGGAUGCACUGACACGCACGAGCACCGGGAGUAGUGUCGAUAUGAGAACCUUCUCGGUGCCUUCUCUGAAUACGCCGCUGGAGUUGGGUCAGACAAACGCUUCCAUUAGCCCCGCCGCUGGUACGGGCCUGAAUGUAGACAACGCUGGUCAUAUUCCGAUCCCACGAGCGAGGGCUGGGUCAGUCAAGUCACCCCGUUUGUCGUUACAUAGCAUACGAUCGCCUACGGCUGAGGCGCUUGAGAUGGAGUCAGACACGAAGAGCGACGACGACGAUGACUUGGAGGGUAUGUCACACCAACGCAAACGGAAACGAGGCGUGCAGUGA